ACGCCGCUCGUCUUGCCUCCACUACUUUGCGUUUAUUUCAUCCCCCUCGCCUUCCCCUCCCCUCUCCUCUCCUCUCCUCUCCAAGCUCUCUCUCAGCGGAGACAGAUCUGAGAGCUCCCGGGAUCCAGUCGCUGUCGGAUCUUCCUGUCGAUGAGGUUUCUUCAGUCAUCUUGUGAAUUUUGAAGGAAGUUGGUGUUGGAUCUUAGGUUUGAGUUGUAAGAAGAAAGAGCAUAGAAGAAACAAUUCGAAAUGGGGUCUUUUUCAUUCUCCAAGAAAUCGUCCUCGUUGUUUACAUUUGCUUUGCUGGCCUUGUUUCUGUUUUGCAGUUCUAGUAAUGCAUUUUAUCUCCCUGGUAGUUAUAUGCACACCUACAUACCUGGUGAGAGCAUAUAUGCCAAAGUUAAUUCCCUCACCUCCAUUGAGACUGAGCUCCCAUAUAGCUAUUACAGCCUUCCAUAUUGCCAUCCGCAAGGUGGAAUCAAAAAGAGUGCAGAGAAUUUGGGUGAGCUUCUCAUGGGUGACCAGAUUGAUAACUCUCCAUACCGAUUCCAUGUUAAUGUUAAUGAAUCACUUUACUUGUGCACCACUAAUGCAUUGAAUGAACAUGAGGUUAAACUUUUGAAGCAGAGGACACAUGAUCUCUACCAAGUGAACAUGAUACUUGACAAUCUACCUGUGAGAAGGUUCACUGACCAGAAUGGCAUUGCCAUUCAGUGGACUGGAUUUCCUGUUGGUUAUACUCCAACUGGAAGCUCUGAAGACUACAUUAUCAAUCACUUGAAGUUUAAAGUGUUGGUUCAUGAGUACGAAGGGCGUGGUGCAGUUAUGACCACAGGAGAAGAGGGGAUGGGAAUGAUUGCUGAAACUGAUGAUAAGAAGGCUGGGUAUGAGAUUGUUGGAUUUGAAGUGAUUCCCUGCAGUGUGAAGCGUGAUCCACAGGCAAUGCUGAAACUGAACAUGUAUGAUAAAGUUGAGUCUGUGAGCUGUCCAUUGGAGCUUGACAAGUCUCAGACCAUUCGGGAGCAGGAGAAGAUAUCUUUUACCUAUGAAGUUGUAUUUGUUAAAAGUGACAUCAGAUGGCCAUCAAGAUGGGAUGCAUAUCUAAAGAUGGAGGGUGCAAAGGUUCAUUGGUUCUCUAUCAUGAAUUCCUUGAUGGUUAUCUUCUUUUUGGCCGGAAUCGUCUUUGUUAUUUUCUUGAGAACAGUCCGGAGGGACUUAACAAAGUAUGAGGAGCUGGACAAAGAAGCCCAAGCUCAGAUGAACGAGGAGCUUUCUGGCUGGAAACUUGUCGUGGGUGAUGUAUUCAGAGAGCCAACAUGCUCAAAGCUUUUCUGUGUCAUGAUUGGAGAUGGUAUACAAAUUACAGGUAUGGCAGUUGUAACAAUCAUCUUUGCUGCACUUGGGUUCAUGUCUCCUGCUUCACGCGGCAUGCUUUUGACGGGGAUGAUAAUUCUCUAUCUUUUCCUUGGGAUUGUUGCUGGAUAUGUUGGCGUUCGAUUGUGGAGGACCUUCAAAGGAGGAUCAGAGGGCUGGCGAUCACUCUGCUGGUCAAUUGCUUGUUUCUUUCCGGGGAUCGUCUUUGUCAUUUUAACUGUAUUAAAUUUUAUCCUAUGGGGAAGCAAGAGUACUGGAGCUAUCCCUAUCUCGUUGUAUUUCACUCUACUCUCGUUGUGGUUCUGCAUCUCAGUGCCACUGACUCUAGCUGGUGGUUUUAUCGGUGCCCAAGCUGAGGAAAUACAAUUUCCUGUUAGAACCAACCAAAUCCCUAGAGAAAUUCCUGCUCGGAAAUACCCUUCGUGGCUUCUCAUCCUCGGUGCUGGGACUCUGCCCUUCGGAAUCCUCUUCAUUGAGCUCUUUUUUAUCCUAUCGAGCAUUUGGCUGGGGAGGUUCUACUAUGUGUUCGGUUUCCUCCUUGUGGUUCUCAUGCUGCUAGUGAUAGUCUGUGCUGAAGUCUCCGUGGUCCUGACUUACAUGCACCUCUGUGUGGAGGACUGGAGGUGGUGGUGGAAGGCUUUCUUUGCUUCUGGAUCUGUAGCCCUGUAUGUUUUUCUCUACUCCAUCAAUUACUUGGUAUUCGACCUUAGGAGCUUGAGUGGCCCUGUUUCAGCUACCCUUUAUCUUGGUUAUUCGCUGAUCAUGUCAAUUGCAAUCAUGCUGUCUACUGGCGCCAUUGGCUUUCUGGUGUCAUUCUAUUUUGUUCAUUACCUAUUCUCUUCCGUCAAGAUCGAUUAGCAUUUAGCACUGUGCUUCAAAAGCUACCUGCCAGAACUUUUGUUCUGCAAGAUGUUUACUUCUGAAUUCUAUUAAUAGCCCACUGGGGGAGCCUAGUGCCAUAAUAUUGUAAUUUUGAGGGGUGGGUUUCAUAGUAACUGUAGCUGAGAUUGGCUUGUUUCCUUUUCUUGUCAUGAUACAUCACAGGAAUGUAAUCUUUUAAAAGCUUUGUUCAAGUUUCCUGGAUGAAUUUGUUUCAA